AUUUGGUUCCUCACAAUAUUAUAUCACUGGUGGGUACAGAGAUAUGUCCUGGAAUGAUUUCCGAGCCUCCGAGUAGCUGCGAGCUUAAGAGCAUUGCCCUCCUCCGAGGCCCCGAACAUGCUUCGGCAAGAUUAAACAAGCAUUUGAGAAAAUUCCACGCUUCUAGAAGACGUACUAUCCACUGCCUAAUCUGGUAAUUUGCAGAUGCCGAAGAUCCGUACUGGUAGAUGUGUAGGUAUAUAAAUGAAGUCGAGGAAGCAUCAUAACAGUAGUCUCCACACUAACACCCACACGAUAAUAUCGAAUACCACAGUUUAACUUCAUAUUCCACGAUUAAACUCCGCAAUAAGUGCAAACAUGGCCGCUCCUAACGAAGUCGAUCAUUCCUUCCGCGCUUUCGUUGAAGCCCUCAAGGUCGACGAUGACCUGGUCGAGAUCAACACCGAGAUCGACUCUAACCUGGAAGCCGCCGCGAUCACUCGUCUUGUCUGCGAAACCGAUGACAAAGCCCCCCUCUUCAAUAACCUCAAGGGCAUGGGGAAGAAUGGCCUAUUCCGUAUCCUAGGCGCUCCCGGCUCUCUCAGAAAGUCCAAACGUGACCGCUACGGCCGUCUCGCCCGCCACCUGGCCCUGCCCCCUACUGCCAGCAUGAAGGAGAUCCUUGACAAGAUGCUCUCCGCGUCCCAGCUACCUCCCAUUGAUCCUAAGAUCGUCGAGACCGGUCCAGUGAAGGAGAAUUCCCUUGAAGGCGACGAAAUCGAUCUCACUGCACUCCCAGUGCCAAUGGUGCACAAGUCCGACGGCGGUAAAUACUUACAAACAUACGGCAUGCAUGUCGUGCAGUCUCCUGAUGGAAAAUGGACGAACUGGUCUAUCGCCCGUGCGAUGGUCAAGGACAAGAAUCACCUGACGGGUUUGGUUAUUGAGCCCCAGCAUAUUUGGCAAAUCCACCAAAUGUGGAAAAAGGAGGGCAAGGAUGUCCCAUGGGCGCUAUGCUUCGGAGUCCCUCCUGCCGCUAUUAUGGCCUCCUCGAUGCCGAUCCCGGAUGGUGUUACUGAGGCUGGGUAUGUUGGUGCCAUGACGGGUCGCGCGCUGGAGCUCGUCAAGUGCGACACCAACCACCUGCACGUCCCCGCCAACGCGGAGAUUGUCCUCGAGGGUACCCUCUCCAUCACUGAAACCGCCGAUGAGGGCCCCUUUGGUGAGAUGCACGGUUACGUCUUCCCCGGUGAUAGCCACAAGUGUCCCGUUUACAAGGUCAACAAGAUCACCUACCGGACCGAUGCCAUCCUUCCCAUGUCCGCCUGCGGUCGUCUCACUGACGAAACCCAUACUAUGAUUGGCUCCUUGGCCGCCGCCGAGAUUCGCAAAAUCUGCCAGCUGGCCGGUCUCCCCAUCACCGACACCUUUUCUCCCUUUGAGGCGCAGGUUACCUGGGUGGCUCUCAAAGUGGACACCGCCAAGCUUCGUCAAAUGAAGCUAACCCCCAAAGAGCUCCAAAAAAGGGUCGGGGAUGUGGUGUUUAACCAUAAGGCCGGGUACACCAUCCACCGCUUGGUCUUGGUUGGCGAAGAUAUUGAUCCGUACGAGUGGAAAGAUGUCAUGUGGGCUUUCGCGACACGGUGUCGGCCCAAUGCAGAUGAAAUGUUCUUUGAAGACGUCCGUGGUUUCCCUCUUAUCCCUUACAUGGGUCACGGCACAGGUUCGCCCACCAAGGGUGGUAAAGUUGUGUCUGACGCUCUGAUGCCCACGGAGUAUACCACAGGUGCUGAUUGGGAAGCUGCCGACUUUGAGCACUCCUAUCCAGAAGAGAUCAAGGCCAAGGUCAGGGCCAAGUGGGAGGCUUUGGGAUUCAGAAAACAGGAAUAAAUUAUGUGUACAUUAAAUUAUACAUUUGAACAGCAAAUUAGCUUAUUAGUAUGAUGAAUAAACGAUGAUAGUUUGUUUUCACAGAGAGCAACGCCAGAUGCGAUCGGGGUCUUUCCAUGCACGUGCUUUCGAGAACUAGAGGCGUCGCGUAACACGCUUGGUCUAGAACGUCAGAAGGAGAGCUGUGCUGACUAGCGCGAAGAGUUGAAUUGAGAGCUCGUGCAAACGUACCCGG